AUGGUGAAUUACAAACGGUUUGUUCAGGUCGGCAGGGUUGUGUACAUAGCCUAUGGAGUUCAUGCCAAAAGAAUUGCUAUUAUUGUGGAAAUUAUUGACCAGAAUCGUGUACUGAUCGAUGGUCCCUGUUCAAAUGUUCCCAGGCGGCCAAUAAAUGUUAAGAAACUCCACAUGACUAAAAUUCUCUGCAAAUUACCCCAUGGUUGUGGAACUGCAACCGUAAGGAAAAUAUGGGCGAAGAAUAAAGUAGAUGAACGAUGGCAACGGACCGUUUGGGCGCGCAAACUUGCUAAGAAGGCUUUGCGAGCAGGUCUUAACGACUUUGAGCGGUUCAUUGUCAUGCUUGCAAGACAAAAGAAAAACCGAAUCGUGCAAAACUAUAGGAUGCGAAAGCCCGACUCACAGCCUAAAGCAAUCAAGCCUUCAAAAAAUAAGCCCAAGGCGAAAACGGUGGCAGCCAAGCCGCCCAGAACGAAGUGA